CGCCGGGCGGAGGAACGGGCGGCUCUGGGAACCUCGGCGGCUGCAGGAGGCUGCGGAGCUCUGCCGGGCAGCCUCGGAGCGGAGGCGCUUCCCCGGGCAGGGCAGCGUUAUGAAACACGGCCGCGCUUGAGGAUCCGGGCAGCGCAGCGCCGCGGCGGCUCCGACCCCGCCUGAUGGCUCGGGAGGCCACGGAGCGGCUGCCGGGCACCGGCUGCGGGCAGAGCGACCCCGGAGCCCCGGCACGGUGAGCCUGGGACCCGGAGAGCAAAAGGGACCCGGAGAGCAAAAGGGACACCGGAGAGCAAAAGGGACCCGGAGAGCUGCGGGGACCCGGAGAGCAAAAAGGGACACCGGAGAGCUGCGGGGACACCGGAGAGCCAUAGGGACACCGGAGAGCAAAAAGGGACACCUGAGAGCAAAAGGGACACCGGAGAGCUGCGGGGACACCGGAGAGCAAAAGGGACCCGGAGAGCCACAGGGACCCAGGAGAGAUACAGGGAACCUUGAGGGACCCACGGCAGGAGGGACACGAGGGACCCACGGCAGAAGGGACACACGGACACGAGGGACCCAGCGUCGGUAGCUGCGGUGCUGCUGGGCCGGGCGGGAUGAAGGCGGCGCCCCCCGAGCCCCCCGAGCCCCUGGGGCGGGCAGGAGCCUGAGGAGCAGCGGAGCCGCAGCCCGGAGCUGCGAGGAGCUUUCCUCGGGAGGAGCAGCGCAGGAUGGGCUGAGCGUCCGGCCGGGCUCGGAGCCGCGGCCAGCUGGGAGGCGGGAAGGGCCAGUUCCAGCCGGGGCAUGGCCAAAGCUUUCUUCAGGCUGCAGAAGUUUCUCCGUCGGACCCAGUUCCUGCUCUUUUUCCUCACGGCAGCUUACCUGAUGGCCGGCAGCCUGCUGCUGCUGCAGCGGAGCCGCCUGGUGAUGCAGCACGGCAACCGGGGCGGCCCGGGGCUGGAGGAGCCGGGCAGGGCGGGGGGCUCGGAGCCGCGGGGUCUGCAGAGCCCCCCGGGGCCGUGGGGGGGCUCGGAGCCCCGGAGCCCCCCGGGGCUGCCCCCCGGCUCGGGGGUCCCGCAGGAGCCGGCCCCGCUCGCCCCGCGCUGGCUCCUGAACCGCAACUCGGAGCUGCGGCGGCUCCGCCGGCGGUGGCUGCGCCGGGCGAGCGGCGAGCAGGAGCCGCUGCCGCCUGCGGCGCCCAGAGCGGGCAGGAGCAGCGCCGAGCACAAAGGCACCUACAUGGGCUGCUUCACCCACGACUCCAGCGAGAGGACGCUGAGGGGAGCUGUCUUCUAUGACUUAAGGAAAAUGACAGUAGCUCACUGUCAGGAGGCUUGUGCUGAGAGGGCUUACAGCUACGCGGGGCUGGCGCAGGGCGCCGAGUGCUACUGCGGGAACUCGCUGCCCGCGGCGGCGGCGCCGGGCCGGGAGUGCAGCAGCGAGUGCCGGGGACAGCGCGGCUCCGAGUGCGGCGGCAUCGGCCGCCUGUCGGUGUACAGCGCUCAGCCCCGGCCGCCCGCGGGGACCCGGAGGAAUGUUAUCUAUCGAGGAUGUUUUAGAGCUCCAGAAAAUUUAACAGACACCUUUGCAGCCUCUCUGACACAGCCCAAUUUGACGGUGGAGAUGUGCUCUGAAUUUUGCUCCAAGAAAGAGUUCCCGCUGGCGGUGAUCGGGGGGCAGCAGUGCCACUGCGGGUUCCCCACCCGCCGCUUCCCCCUGCGCGACGGCGCCGACGGGCGGCGCUGCGGCCCCGGCGGCAACGGCGGCAACGGCAGCGCGGGCGGGGAGCAGUACUGCCGGGUCUACCAGACACCUGUGCAAGACACCCGCUGCACGGACAGGAAAUUCCUAACCACCAAGUCCAAAGUGUUCGUUGCUUUGUCAAGCUUUCCUGGGGCUGGGAACACGUGGGCACGCCAUUUGAUAGAGCAUGCCACGGGAUUCUACACUGGCAGUUACUACUUUGAUGGAGCCCUCUACAACAAAGGUUUUAAAGGAGAAAAGGACCACUGGAGGAGUAGGAGGACCAUCUGUGUGAAAACACACGAGAGUGGCAGGACAGAGAUUGAAAUGUUCGACUCGGCCAUCCUGCUGAUCAGGAACCCCUACAAGUCCCUGGUGGCAGAGUUCAACAGGAAAUACGCCGGGCACCUGGGCUACGCCACCGAGCGCACCUGGCGGGGCAAAGAGUGGCCGGCGUUCGUGCACAGCUACGCCUCGUGGUGGGCCUCGCACGUGCUGCAGUGGCUGCGCUUCGGCCGGCAGCUGCUGGUGGUGCACUUCGAGCAGCUGCAGCGCCGGCUGCUGCCCACGCUGCGCGCCAUGGUGCAGUUCCUGAACGUGACCGUCAGCGAGGAGCGCCUGCUCUGCGUGGAGAGCAACCGCGACGGCAGCUUCAAGCGCCCCGGCGCCCAGCAGAAGGACUUCCAGCCCUUCACCCAGGAGAUGAAGGACCUCAUCAACAAGUACAUCCUGACAGUGGAUGAAGCCCUACGGGCAAGAAACUUCUCAGGGCUGCCCAGCGAGUAUGUGCCCAGAUGAUAGGCUGGCAUCACGCUGCUGUGGUUAACAAUGAAGUUUCUUUUUUCUUAAAAAAAAAAAAAAAAAAAAAAAAAAAAGCCAACAGAAAAAAUUCCCAAACAAAAAACCCACAAACAAACAAGGACAAAAAAAUUUAAAAAAGGAGCAGAACUCUUUAUCAGUUGUGGCACAGGUACUUGUGGGGGCUGCUGAGCAGUGCAGCAGUUGGGAAUGCCGGGUUUUGGCAGCCCCAAACAGCCCAAACCUGGCUCCAGGGCCAUGGAGGGGACCCAGGGGUGGCAGAGAAGGCAGUGCCACCUGUGCCAGGGGUUCAACACAGGUUUCUGCAGCUCCACUCUUCCCCAGAGAGCCCUGCUGGGUCUGGGGGCACCAGGAGCAUCACCAGGUCAGUGCUCCUGGCUCGGGAAAUGGAACUGGCUCCAGCUGGGAGCGCCUGGAGAACGGGGGCAGAGGGGGAGCCCCAGCCCCCCCAGACCAGCAGGGGCAGGAUCCCACCUCCCACCCAGCCCUGAACCCCUGCAGAAGCCCCAGGGCAUCCAGCCUGGAGGAGCAGGGCAGUGCAGAGCUGCCCUCAGAGUCCCCAGCACGGGUGGAAUUGAACUCUGCAGCCCCCGGGGCAGUUGGACCCUGCAGAGGGGAGGGGACAGGGGCACCCAGGGCUGGCAGAGCGCUGGCCCCGUGGCCACUGGGCAGCUGGGGCUGUUCAACCCUGGGCCAGAGGGGCUGCCCUGCUGUGAGCCCCUGCCCUUCACCUGAAAUAAAGGAUUUCUUAAAACCUUGAGUGAAAAUACUAAUUUUAAUAAAACAAGUUUAUACAAAGGGA